AUGGCAUGGGUCAAGACCGACCACACCAUCGACAUGUCCGACGCAGACCUGUCUGACCUCGGACCACCAUUCGCAGUCCAGCUCGUCCGUCAAGUCAACUUCGGGCCUCUCGAGAGCAAGAGAUACUUCAUUCCGACGGCAGGCCAGGACGGGCCAUUCAAGGAGAUCACAGAGGGCGACCUGGUACAUGCCAACUUCCAGAAGCUGAACGCGUAA